ACUCCUGCACUGUCCCCAGCCACCUAGCUUAUGUUUUGUAGAUUUGAUGUUUUGGAUUUCAAAAACAAAAUGAAUAUUAUCGACUGGAAUUUAAUGCUGCUUUACCAAAUUAUACGUGUGGGCACGUUGAGUCCUGGACUGCAAGCUGGCGGCGUAGUCACUGAUAAUACAUUAGUAAUAGCAGCAAAUUCAUGACUCAAGGAGCUAAAUGUUAGCGUUUUGCAAUGGCUGCUGUGACUUCUUUUUGUACCCUUUCUCGUUUCGUUAACAAGACUCAGUCACAAUUUCGGGCGCUCGCCGCUCCCAAACGGAUGGCAUGGCUUUCGCUGUCUGCCCCGCGGUGUUACACGUCGGGGAAUUCAAGCUCGCCACUUGAAAAUCUCUUCUCUGGACUUGAGAGGUACAAGGACCUGCAGAGGUAUUUCAAAAGAAGACUAAGGGCAACAUACAGCAGGUUCUCUGAUGUACCUUAUAAUUCUGUGGUGUGUGGAUAUCACCACGUGUAUUUUGUUGAAGCUGAUGGCAUCUACAGAAUGGACAGUAGACAGAAUGACCCUAAGCCAGAGAAGGUACUAGAUCUGGGACAAUGCUCUGUAAGGGAGGAGACAAAAAUAAAGAGAGAAAAUGGAGAGCAGAAUGUGGAGUGGACCAUCCAGAGGGUGCGUCUGUCCCCACAGGAGAAGCAUCUUGCUGCCACACUGAAGACUUGUGACGGUGAAGAGCAUAGGUGUGUCGUGUUGAGGCUUGGAGAGCGAACCUCACCUCCUCUGGAGCCGCCACAGAUCAUACUCACACUGGACAAGGUCUUCAGCUUUGAGUGGGCCACAGAGGAGGUCCUACUUUACACCACUCUGGAGGGUCUGCGCUGCAAUAGUGUGUUGCGUCUGGACUUAACCCCCACUGGAGCCAGGAUAACCCCUGUGUUGCAGGAAACACAGCCUGAGGUGUUCGUAGAGGUUGUCCUUUCCAGUGACCGGCGCUUACUAACUAUCAACUGCAACAGCAAGAGCAGUUCGGAGGUGUGGCUCAUUGAUGUGAACACACCCGGUUUGGAACCCAUCCUGGUUCAGCCACGCCAGCCACAACUCCUGUACCAUGUCGAGCACUGGAGGUGUUGGCUGAUUAUACUGGCCAACACAGGGCCUGGACAGGAGUACCAGGUGCUGAGGGCCCCUCUCUCCAGGCCGUCCAUGGUCUCCUGGGAGCCUUUAUAUGCCCCUGACCCAGGCAUUGCAGUCAAAGACAUGGAGGUGGUGGGCGACCACUGUGUUUUGGUUGUCAGAGAGCCAACUGGUGAGCUUGCCCUGACUGUGGUCCCACUAACACACCCUCAGGAAGCAUACGCCAUACAGCUUCCAUCCUGGGUCUGUGCCAUUGAAAUGAAGAGACCAGACGUGGCAGACCAGCACAGUGAUUUAGAGUUCCUGGUCUCCUCUCCUGUCCGCCCCCCAGUGCCUUACUGUCUCCACCUCAAGGAUGGGCUCAUUUUAUUGGGCACAGAGGAAGAUGGGACCUCCCGAGAGAACCAGGGCAAUUACACCACCACACGCUUGGAGGCCCACAGUCAGGACGGUACCUUGGUGCCAGUGACUGUGCUCCAUGCAGAAUCAGUGGAGUGUUUGAAGGAGGCCCCACUCCUGGUCCAUGUCUAUGGAGCUUAUGGGAGGGAUCUGAACAUGGAGUUCUGCCCAGAGAGAAGACUUCUGAUGGAACUGGGCUGGGCUCUGGCCUACUGCCACAUUAGGGGCGGAGGGGAGCGGGGUCUGUCCUGGCACAGGCAGGCUUGUGAGGAGGGGAAGCAGAGAGGAUUGGAGGACCUCCGAGCCUGUCUCCAACACCUCUUCUCGUCAGGAAUCUCCUCUCCCUUACUCACCGCCCUCACCUCCUGUAGUGCAGGGGCUGUGCCCGUGGGGGCGCUGUGCAACACAAACCCUCACCUGAUGCGGGCUGUUAUCCUGCAGGCUCCUUUUCUGGAUGUGUUGGGAACCAUGCAGGACCCCCGUCUCCCUCUGACUGUGGAGGAGAGAGAAGAAUGGGGCGACCCCCUAGCAGACCAACAGCACAGACUCACCAUUGCCUCCUACUGUCCCCUUCACAACAUUACUCCUCAGCGUUACCCCUCCAUGCUGCUGACGGCCUACAGUGGCGAUGCCAGGGUGCCCCUGGCAGGGGUCAUUCAAUACACUGAGCGGCUGAAGAAAGCCAUUCAUACACACUUCACCAUUCACCCUGUGUCAGACUAUGAAACAGCACCAAACGUGGUUCUGAAUAUCCAACAUGGAGCAAAUCACCUCGGACCAGAAGAUUUUGAGCUGAUGUUGGAGGAGAGUGCCCUCCAGCUCGCCUUCCUCUACACUGAGCUUGGCCUGGAGCCUCCGCGACAUCCACGCAAGAGAAGGACAUAGCAGGGAUACACUCAGGGAUUGUAACCCAACCAAAAGCCCACUACUGGUGCCAAGGCAACCAGCGCUACAGGAAGCUUCAUCACACCAGUGCAAGAGAAGAUAAGAAUGCUGGUGGCUUCAUCCAGAGUUAAUGUGAAGUCUAAUACCAAAAGGCACUGUGCGGAGAGGGACUUCACGUUCAGCAGUUCAAGCUGAAAAUACCAUAUCUGUGUAGUAGGAGGAAACACUGAGAUCUACCAACCUUCUAUAUAAAAAAAAGUUAUUUAUUGCCCUUAAAAAGAUAUUUAUAAAUAUGCAAGGAGAGGACUAUUUGAUUGCAAAUGCCCAGGCGUAAUGAUCUAAAAGCAUGGUGCUGUCAUAUUAGCAUUUAUAAAGUAUGUCUAUAGCCGCCAGGUAGCAGGCUUUCUCAGAGACAUAGCACUGCAUGGGGUGGCUGGGAUUAAAGCGGGUGUAGGUGGAGUACUGGAUCACCAAACCCUCUCCCGCUGCAGUCAGGAUGCGAGACUUAUGCAACACUUUCCCAUCAUUCUCCCGGUCAGUGCUCAUCAGCACCAUCAGCUGGUCCGGCAACUCGCUAACAGUAGAGAGAUCCGUGACCGCGGAUUCUUUGCCAAAGUUGAGGACUAUGAGGAAAGCCCGGUCAAGCCCAUCCAGCUCUCUUAGGUAGGAGAAAACAUUAAUGUCGGCGUGGACGAAGCAGAACCAGCCACGCUGGAGUGGGAGCUCUGACUGACGCAGGGUGUUCAGAAAACGAUACUGGGCCAGAAGAGAGCCUUCCUCUUUCUUCUGGGCCUAGAAGGGAAGAGUGCCAGGAGGACAGAUGACAGAACAAGUUAUGUUUUGUUAGAAUGGACACUAGAGAUGUCACAGCACCAGAAUGAAUAUUGUGAAAUUUCACAAUUUUCAAUACCUAACUUGAUAUGAUGGCAUAAACAGAAAUCCCAUUUAGCACUCAGUCCUUUGUUUAAAAACAUAUAGAACUAAAUCACUCAAGAGAAACUUGUAUGGAUUUAAGUAUGUAAACAUAUAGCUGCAUUGCAACAAGAACACAAAGUUACAAGCACAACACCUGUAGCCUGUAGCCUUCAAAAACAAACAAAAUAAAGCAGCCCAACAAAAUACUGAUUCCAAAUUAAAGGAAAUGUCCUGCUUUAAGGACAAAUAAUGGCGUGAUUAUGUACUCAUUUUAAUUUACAAUCCUGUAAGCAUGACUGCAGCUUGAAGUUUUUCAAGUAAUUAAACAUGUAGGCUAAGGUUAUAUUAGAGUAACAAUACUGAAGUUACUGAGUGAGGAAUCAAGUUGUGUUGAUACUGCCAAUAGUAAAAGUAUUAACACUGGUGGUGAUUUCAGAAUUUUGCUAUUAAUUUAGCAUGUCAGUGUCAACUCAGGACAUCCUGCCUGGGUACAUACAACAAAAAACAUCUUUAAAAAAAUUCUGAUUCUCUUAAGAUAAUUGUUUUUGAUUUAAUCGGGGAAACACUUUAAAGACAAGGCACUAUAUAUCCCCAACUAAACGUAAUGUUAACAGUAAAGCUAAGUGCCUCACCACAGAGUGAAAAGCCCAUCAGCAAGUUUGUCUCAUUUAAAAAUGCUACGUCACUUGAAACAUAACAUGGUGCCCAUCACCUCCCUAGCUUUCUCUACACAUAGAUUGAAGAAAAACUCUUGCUGCAUGUUGUGUCUCAGAGUUCUGGGUAGGUGAGACCUUGUGCACGCACCUCCACAUUGACCCUGCUGUAGUCAGGGUGUACAGGCAGCCAGGUGAUGUUGGUUUUGUUGUUGAAGCCCGCGUUCAUAUCACCACUCCACUGCAUUGGAGAUCGCUGAGGGUCCCGACUGGCACUCUGCAGCGAGGGGACAGGAUUCAGCCUGUGUUUUGGCACUGAUCAUAUAUGCGCACAUUUUUAAUGUGUAUUUGCAUAUUUGCAGAAUGUCUAAUGCUCUCUCUUUCACCACAUACAAAGUUAAACUCUGUAUCUUAUACAUUAGUAGGUGUUAUUAUGUCACUGUUGAGUGUCCAGUCUGCUGUUUAAGAGCAUCUUCUCUGAACAACGUCCUGUAAUAUGUUCCCCUGUUUUGUGAAGUGUCGUCAACAGUUAACCUGGUUGAAUUUCUCAUGCACACAUUGCACAAGGCAAAUGAGGGGAUUCCAAGAAAGAACAAAGGAUUAAAUUAAGCAAUUGAUUUU